AAAAAGUAAGGGUUCUUAUCGGUUCCUUAAAGAACUUUUCGGUUCUAAACUUUGAUUACCGGUUCUUCAAAGAACUUACGGGUUCUUAAUGCUGCUUUGCGGUUCUUGAAAGCACCUUUGGGUUCUUAAGAUGCUUAACGGUUUUUCAAAGAACCUUCGAGUUUUGGACUAAAGUUUUAUAAACAAUUUACUUGACACUAAAAUUGCUAAACGGUUCUUUGAGAAGCUCACGUGUUCUUAUUCCUGUAGUUCGUUUUUUUUUUCGGCACUUGUUUAGUUGAAUGUCGAGUAUUUCAAGUUUUAUUUGCUCUUUUUGUCAAGUUGAAAAGUUUAUUUUGAAUAAAUAUUUGACUCACCUUCAGAUAUGUCACGAAGCUGAAGCUAAUUUCACUGUAGCUUGUGGACUUAAUGGUUGUCCCUGUGCAUACAACACAAUAAAAGGUUUAAGACAACACAUGCGAAUAAAACACAAUCAAAUAUAUUAUGCUGACAGAAAUAAGACAAAUGUUGAUGAAAGUUUGCAUUCAUCUGUUAAUGAAGGCUUAGAAUUAUUAAAUUGUGAUUUUGACAAUGAACUAGCAAGUUCAACACUCAAUCAACCAUUAAACAGAGAUAUUAAUGAUUUUGUUUUUAAACUGCAAAAACAUUUUGCAAUGUUUGUGAUUGGUUUAGGGCAAAAACAUUCUAUUCCAACAAUUGUUCAGCUUGAAAUUGGUAACGAAGUUCAUGCAUUAAUUAACUACUUCUCUUCUAAUUAUGGGGAUUGUCUUAAAAACUACUUGAGUAAAGCUGGUUUUAUUCUUGAUUCCCAUCAUGAUCUUGUAGAAUUAUUCAAAAGUGAGGCUUUGUUAGACAAAGCCUUCUCAGUUGUUAGUUCUGAAGCAAAAAUUAUGACUUACUGUAAAGCAAAUUUAGGUUUUGUUGCCCCAUUGCAAAUUGAAAUACAAGCCGACUAUGAUAAACAGAUAAUUAAUGAUAUAAAAAAUGAUAAGAGAAAUAGUUUAACCAACAUUGCACAAAUUAUAGCUAAAAUCUCUUCACAGGUUAAAACAAACACAUCACAAACUAUUAACAGUACCAGGUACUUAAAUAAUCAGAAGAAAUUUUUUCAGUAUAUUCCCAUCCUAGAAGUAAUUAAAAAGUUUGUUCAACAUAAAGAUGUUUGGGCUUCUAUUCAUAGAGCAAAUCAGAAUAAGAACCAAUCUAGUGAUUUGCUAUGCUCAUACAGAGAUGGUAACAUAUUUCACAAACAUGUUGUGUUUUGUAAGAAUAAGCAUGCAUUACGUAUUCAUAUGUAUAUAGACGAAUUUGAGGUUUGUAAUCCGAUUGGAUCACACCGCUCCACACAUAAGCUUUGUGCUUUUUAUUUUUUUAUAGGUAAUUUAGAAUAUAAGUAUCACUCUCAAUUAAAGUAUAUACACCUGUGUCUUUUAAUAAAAGAAAAAUAUAUAAAACAAUCAAAUACAUAUGCAGAAUUAUUAAAACCUUUAAUAUCAGACUUGAAUGAAUUGUGUUUAAAUGGCAUUGCACUAACUAUUGAUGGUGAGAGUUUACAAUUGUAUGGUGCACUUGCAACUAUAUCCGCCGAUAACUUGUCAGCUCAUGCACUUGCUGGUUUUAGAUGUGCUUUUAAUUCUGGACACAUUUGUCGCUAUUGUAUGUUACGGUAUGAAGAUAAAGAAAAACUACUGCAAGAAACUGUUUUAGCAUUAAGAACUGAAACCCUCCACAAAUAUCAUUUGCAAGGUAUCAAUGCUGGGAUAAGUGGACGUGUAUAUGGAGUUGUCAAAAGAUGUCCAUUGUUAGACCUGUCAUAUUUUAAGUUAACUGAAUCAUUUCCACCAGAUUUAAUGCAUGAUUUACAUGAGGGAAUUAUUCCUUUGAUCCUAAAGUUGUUAAUAAUUAAUUUACAUUGUGAUGGAAUUGUAACUGUUUCUCAGCUUAAUUAUGAGAUUGAAAACUUUGAAUUUCUAAAAAAUGAUAAAAAAAAUAAACCAAUAGUUAUUCCUUUGACAGUACCAUCUGGUACUGGAAAUAUUGUCGGCAGCGCAUCUGAAAAAUUUAGUCUUUUUUAUUUUUUAACAUUUUUGAUUGGGGAUCGAGUUCCUAUAAACAACAAGCACUGGAAACUGUAUCUAUUAUUACGUGAUAUUGUGGAUUAUUUGAUGUGUUACAAAAUAUCCAGGACUGUUUUGUCAUACUUGCAGCUGCUUGUUGAAUCUUUUGUUCAAACAUUUGUUGAAUUAUAUCCAGGAAAGCUGACACCAAAAUUGCAUUUUUUGUUGCAUUAUCCUCGUUUAAUUGCAGAUUAUGGUCCCCUUCGUUAUUUGUGGUGCAUGCGCUUCGAAGCAAAGCAUCAAUAUUUUAAAAAACUUGCAGGUGCAGUAAGAAAUUUUAAAAAUAUAGCUUAUAUCUUAGCAAAGCGUCACCAACUUCAUCAAUGCUGGGAGUUCGAAGCUUCCAGCUUCUUGAAAGAAAUCACAGAGAGUUCAGGAGAAUGUUCAAUUUAUUUUAAUAAUAUCCCAGAAUGUCAUCGUUCCAAAAUUAUUUGUUUUUUUGAAGUUUCAAAUUUCAGUGAUUCAGAGGUUUUGUGGAAGUGCAAUAAACUUACCAUUGACUCUGUUAAGUAUAAGAUUUAUGAUGUUGUGUUGGUUGGAUCACUGCAUGGAGAAGACAUUCCUCUUUUUUUUAAGAUUAUGUACAUUUAUAAAUUGAAAGAAAGUUGGUUUUUUAUUGGGAAAGUACUUAUUUGUGAACAGUUUUCUGUGCAUUUGCAUGCAUAUUCUGUUAAAGAAGAUAUAGAACUGUCUGUUUGUCAACCGUGUAACAUUAUUGACCCUCAGUUACUUAAUUCAUAUAUUUUAGCUGAUGGAAAAAUCUGCUAAUAUUGACGGAGAAACCCUAGAAGGAUUUACAGAAUUAAUGGUAGGCGAAGUAUGCAAAGAUGACUUCAGACUAAGAGUAAAACUUUUGAAAGCAAUAGCUAAAUUAAAAGAGUCAAGGUAUUAUAAUUUAAGCAUGUAAAUUCUUAAUGUAUGAUUUAAUCAAAAAUAGGUUCAAUCCUUUUUUGUGCUAUCAUAUUUGCACAUUGUGUACAAUUAUUUGUUAUACAAUUUUCUCUAAUUACAAGUACAUCAGAUUUUCUUGUAAUUCCUGGUGUAAACAAUCAAAAUGAUGCCAGAGAUGUUGUUGUUGCUGUCAAUAAUGACAGGCCGUCAUCUUUUGGUAACUGGCCUAUCAGGUAUCCUCUGCCAUCAUUUCCAAGACAAGUUCA